CCUCGGCCCACGUGACACCUCUGCCAUUUGACGUUAGCGAGACUGCGCAAUAUUAUCAUGAGCGUUUAACUUGACGGCGUGACUCUUCUAUUAAUGUCCGCCUUAGAAGUCAGUGAAGACUCGUAUUCUAUGCAACAUCACCCACCGCUUUAAUUCAGUAGACAUGCGGCGAAGUAAGACUGAAGUGGACCGGUAUGUUGCCUCUGUCCAGACUUCCUCUCCCUCACUCAAAGAGAAGCCAGUCAAAGGAUUUUUAUUUGCGAAACUAUAUUUUGAAGCAAAGGAGUAUGAACUUGCAAAAAGACAUGUAUCCGAGUAUCUCCAAGUCCAGGAGAGAGAUCCCAAAGCACACAAAUUCCUUGGACAGCUCUAUGAGAGGGAAGGAGACAUCAACAAGGCAGUAGGAUGUUACAAGCGUUCUGUGGACUUGAACCCAGCCCAGAGAGACCUGGUGCUCAAGGUGGCUGAGUUACUGGUCAGCAAAGGGGAAAAUGACAGCAAAGCAGAGUUUUGGGUGGAUAAAGCUGCUAAGUUGCUGCCAGGGAACCCGACAAUCUUCAACCUGAAGGAGCGCCUGUUGAGUCGCCAAGGCCAGCAGGGUUGGAACCAGCUGUUCGACCUCCUCCAAGCUGAGCUGGCAGCACGACCGGGAGAAGCACAUGUCAAUGUCAAGCUGGUCCAGCUGUUUUGUCAGGACGGUCAGCUGGAGGAGGCCGUUAAGCACUGCCUGGCCACUGAGAAAAGGGGCUUGCUGCGCCACAGUCUGGACUGGUACACUGUGGUUGUGCGCACACUUCAGGACUACCUGGCUCAGCCCAGCAUCUCCAACAACGAGAAGAUGUGUCGUCGUCUUCAGAGAGAGCUGCUUUUGGCCCACUGCAGCCUGACGAGACUCACACUCUCUGGAAGUGGUGUGCAGACUUGCAUCGACACUCUCGGAUGUUUUGACCAGACUAUGCAGAAGCUGAGUAGCGUUGCAGGCCUCCACGCAGAUGAUCUUUACGAGGUGUUUGUGGAGAUGCGAGGUCACUUGUACUUGCACGCUGCCACUCUGCUCUUGAAGCUCGCUCAGGAUCGUCAACAGACAUGGAGGGCUGUCAUUGACUUGUCGGCGCUAUGCUACUUAUUGGCCCUGCAGGUUCCCAGACCAAAGCCUAAGGUGACUAAAAGAGAUCAGCCAGCCCCGCAGCAUUUGGAACUUCUUGCAAACGAUAGACAGAGUCAGGCUGGUCACAUGCUGCUAAAUCUCAGUACUGAUUCAUCCAGCCUCAUCAGAGAGGUGGUGGAAGCAUUUGGCAACCGUAGCGGUCAGGACUCUCUGGUUGAACUUCUGUUUGGACGGCAGUCACCCACUGGAUCUUUCAUUGCAAAUGAUGACAUCCAUUACAUUAGUGCACAACCUCCAGAACUCUCUCAACUGGCCAAGUGGGAUGCAGGUUCUAUCAUGUUGCAUUGUGGCGACUUGCAACAUCUAAGCUGGUUAGGGCUUCAGUGGACUCUUUUGGCCCAAAGACCAGCCUUGCGGGUGUGGCUGCAGCAGCUUUUCCCAAGACUUACCCUGGAAACUUCCAAACUUGACACAAAUGCACCAGAGUCCAUCUGCCUUCUGGAUUUGGAGGUGUUUGUAUAUGGUGUGGUGUUCUGUAGCCACUGUCAGCUGCAGGAGACGGCAAAGAUAAGCAGUGGAAUAAACCAGCAGCAGCAGCAUCUUUAUGAACCUCGCUGCCUCCCACUUCCCCUUCUUCGCCUCUUGACCACAGAAAGACAGAGGGAGUGGUGGGAUGCCGUCUACAGCCUCAUUCACAAACGAGCUGCUCCUGGCAUGUCGGCCAAAUUGCGAAUGAUAGUGCAGCAUGGGCUGAACACACUGAGAGCCAGAGAGAAACAUGGGCUGCACCCAGCACUGGCCAUCUACUGGGCUCAGUGUCUUAGCCAGACGGGCGAUGGCAUCAACUCGUACUAUGACCAGAAGGAGUACAUCAACCGCAGUGUCCACUACUGGACGGUUGUCCUUCCCCUGCUUGAAAAGAUUAAAAAAAGGCGAAGUAUACCAGAACCCCUCGAGCCCCUCUUCAUACAUUUCCCAUCCAAAGAUCUUCAGGGCUCCUCUGUGAAGGGUUUUCAAGAGGAAGCCAAAGUCGCAUAUGCAACCCUCCUUGACAUCGAAGGCAAGACAGAGGAGGCCAUUGCAACGUUGGAAUCAGUCAAUAGCAUGGCAUCUGUCUGGCAUUUGGCUCAGAUAUACCAGCGGUUGUCUGAGGAGGCCAGCAAUGGAGUUGAGGAGACCCAGGACAGGUGCAUCACUUUUCUGAAAAAAUUUAGGAUCUACCUCUCCAAGAUCUACAAUGCCAAUGCGGAUGAAGUUGAAAAACUUCCAGUGUCCAUGGAGGAAGUUGUGGACCUUCUAAAUGAUGUCAAUCAGCAGCUCGGAGAGAGUGAAGGGGAUGAAGAUGAAAAAAAUGAUGAUCAUCGGGGACCAAUCCAUUCAAGCCCUGCUCGUCCCACAGACACCAUAGCCACCAUAUCCCACGUUAUGUUUUCCACUCCUUCGCCCAACAAAAGCAUUGUUUCUCCUUCCAAAAGACACCUGAUUUCUCCAAAAACACCGCCUCACUGGGUGGAGGAUCAGAAAAGUCUCCUCCAAAUGCUGUGUCAGCAAGUUGAAGCUCUUAAGAAUGAAGUUCAUGACCUGAAGCACAACGCUUCGGGAAACGUAAGCUCACCUCAUCACAAAAUGUAUGGUGAGAGUUACGGUGCUGAAGGAAUACAGGAGUCUUUUACUCCUGCGCAGUCCUACCAUGGGGCCCCCUUGACAGUUGCCACUACAGGUCCAUCCGGGUACUACAAUCAGUCUCCAGCAUACAACUCACAGUAUCUUCUGCGCACAGCAGCAAGCGUAACCCCCACAAAGGGCCCAAUUUAUGGUAUGAACCGUAUGCCACCUCAACAGCAUAUGUAUGCCUAUCAGCCGCCACCCCAUACUCCUCCCAUGCCAACAGCUCCAGCCUGCAUGUACCCUCCUCAAGAACAGGCCUUCACUGCACCUCUUCGAUUUGAAUCGCCAGCAACAAGCCUUCUGUCACCAUAUAGUGAAGAAUACUACGGGCAGAAUGUACCUCAACAAACCACAAACCCACCUCUGCCCGAACCCGGUUAUUUCACCAAACCGUCAGUAGUCCCCGCUCAUCCACCAAAGACUAUUGAUCGGAAACCUUUGGAGCUUGGAAAACUCUCCUUUAGCCAGCAGGCACCUACUGAAGUCCCCAAAGUACCUAGUUUUGGAGCAAGCACAGUUUCCCAGCCAACACCAGCAGCUGCCUUUAAAUUUAAUUCCAACUUUAAGUCCAACGAUGGCGAUUUCACUUUCUCAACAUCCCAAGCGAAGCACAGUGAAAGUUUGCUCGGUCUUCUUACGUCUGACAUCUCCGUUAAGACCGAUACUUUACCAGAGAAGCCGCGUGUUCAAGAGCAGACAUCAAAUCAAGCGGGCAUCUUCACUUUCGGCAAUAAAAACUUGUCAGGCUUCUCUUUUGCCGAUGCAGUACAGGGCUCAGGUCCUGGAAGUUUGUUCGGGAAAGUGGAGCAGCCAUUUAAAUUUGGAGAUGUUACCAAACCAGUGUUUGGUAAAGUUAAGUCCGCACCUGAAGAAAAAAGUGCAGCAGAUAGUGACAAUGACAGCACUCAUGCGGAGGAGGAGGAUGACGAGGAGGAGGAGGACGAUGAUGAUGAUGGUCCUCACUUUGAACCUAUCGUACCCCUUCCUGAUAAAGUUGAUGUGAAAACGGGCGAGGAAGACGAGGAGGAGAUAUUUUGCAAUAGAGCAAAGCUGUACCGAUUUGACACUGAAACAAAAGAAUGGAAGGAACGAGGCAUUGGUAAUGUUAAAAUCUUGAAACAUAGCAUUACAGGGAAGGUUCGACUCCUAAUGAGACGGGAGCAGGUCCUGAAGAUAUGUGCGAAUCACUACAUCACCACAGACAUGUUACUAAAACCAAAUGCUCUUUCAGAUAAAUCAUGGGUCUGGAAUGCCAUUGAUUACGCAGAUGAAGAGCCAAAGCCAGAGCAACUAGCCAUCCGUUUCAAAACAACGGAUGAGGCAUCACUUUUUAAGUCUAGGUUUGAAGAAGCCCAGAACAUUGUGAUGAAAUCACAAGAAAAGCAGGUUCCACAGGAGAAGAAAGAGGACGUUCCAAAAGCCUCUAAACCUGUGGAAACUCUUACUGAACUGUUUGGUAUAAAAGAAGGAGAGUGGGAUUGCACCGAGUGCUUUGUCAGAAAUAAACCGGAGGCUGUUCGUUGCGGUUCUUGUCAAAGUGCCAAUCCCAAUUCCUCAAAGCCAGACAUUCAGGCUGAAAAUGAGACCAAAGAUAGUCCCUUUGCUUUCAAAUUCGGGACAGAUGACAAGACGAAAACCAGUAGUUCUAGCUCCCCAUUUUCUGGAUUUGGUGCUUUUGGAACUUCUUUCCCUACGUCUUUUACAUUUGGUACAAAUUCUGCAAAACCCAUUGACACAAAAAACAGUGCCUUAGCUUCUGGCUUUGGCAUUCAGUUUGGAAAGAAGACAGAGCAGUGGGUUUGUGAUGCAUGUUCUACAACAAACGAGGCGUCUGCAGACACUUGUGUCUCUUGCAAAGCCUCACUUAAAGCAACCUCCACAGCACAAAGUGCGCCCAACACAGUUAAACCUGUAAGCAAACUCUCAGAAUCAGUUGAGAGUUCUGUGUUUGGUGACCAAUUUAAAAAGAAACCAGAUCAGUGGGAGUGUCAGGAAUGCUAUAUAAGAAAUGAAGCUGAUGUAAACAAUUGUGUGGCCUGUAAAAACCCCAACCCUAGCGCUAAGUCAAAGGAGGGCGCACCCACUGCUAAAAGUGCAACCGGCGCUACUUCUUCAGCAUCGGGCUUUAGCUUUAACUUUGGAGUGAAGACAUCAUCGGGCCAGCCAACCGGAACUGGCUUUACCGCACCUUUUGGAACAGGCCAUUCUUUUCAGUUUGGUCAAAGCAAAGUUGAAACUUCAGCGGCUUCUUUCAAAUUUGAGGUUCCUCAGACUGAUUCAAGUACCACCAGUUCUUCUGGCUUCUCUUUCUCCAUGCCUGUUUCAUCAGGCGGCUUUAAAUUUGGAAUCCAGGGCACUGCAAACGAUAGUUCAUCGAAUAACUCAAGCUCAGCUGAUCCAGUAGCUUCAUCGGGUUCUGCCUCCAGCUUCCUUAAAAGCAUUGCUGAUAAACACAAGGAGAAAGAAAAUGCUUGUAGCCCACAGCAAGCGGACCAACAGGAACCUGAGACAAAUCCAUUAAUAUCUGGUAAAAAUGAUUCUUUCAGUUUUGCAGACCUGGCACAGUCAACUGGAGGAAACUUCCAGUUUGGAGAGAAAGACCCCAAUUUCAAAGGUUUUUGUGGCGCUGGUCAGCCGCUCUUCUCAUCAUUUCAGGCCACACCCACCAAGACGAAUGCCUCCAAUGACCAGGUAGAAGACGACAUGUAUAAAACUGAAGAAAAUGAUGAUAUUCAGUUUGAACCAGUGGUUCAAAUGCCUGAGAGGGUUGACCUGGUAACGGGAGAGGAAGAUGAACAGGUUCUUUAUUCACAGCGUGUUAAACUCUUCAGAUUCGAUACAAGCACGAGCCAGUGGAAAGAGCGUGGGGUUGGCAUCCUGAAAUUCCUGAAAAACACCUGUAAUGGCAGGCUUAGAGUUUUGAUGCGAAGAGAGCAAGUUUUGAAGGUGUGUGCCAACCAUUGGAUCACAACCACCAUGAAUCUUAAGCCGCUAGCAGGCUCAGAUAAGGCAUGGAUGUGGUUGGCUAAUGAUUUCUCAGAUGGGGAUGCCAGACUUGAACAGUUGGCGGCCAAGUUCAAAAGCCCCGAACUUGCUGAGGAAUUUAAGGAAAAGUUUGAAGAAUGUCAGAGACUCCUCUUGGACAUUCCCUUACAAACUCCCCACAAAUUGGUUGACACAGGUAGAACUGCACACCUAAUUCAGAAAGCCGAGGAAAUGAAGACUGGCUUGAAGGACCUGAAAUCGGUUUUGACAGAUGGCAAGGCAAAGAUCAAAGACCAUGACAAUCAGGUAGAUAUUCCAGCGUCUUCGACUAUGUCAAGUCUUUUAAUCAAGCCUCACAGUGAAACCACUGGACCUACCUUAGAGUGGGAUAACUAUGAUCUAAGAGAAGAGGCUCUAGAUGACACAGCAGACUCCUCGGUCUAUGCUUCUCCGCUUGCUAGCAGCCCACUAAGAAAGAACCUUUUCCGCUUUGGGGAGUCCAUGGGUGGCUUCAACUUCAGCUUCCAACCUGGCAUAAGCCCCUCCAAGUCUCCUGCCAAGCUUGACCAGAGCAGAACCUCAGUGGGCACCGAUGAUGAGCAGGAUGUUACCCAGGACGAGGAGAGAGAUGUCCUUUACUUUGAACCUGUAGUCCCCCUUCCAGAUUUGGUUGAGCUUUCAACAGGUGAAGAAAACGAGCAAGUAGUCUUCAGUCACAGAGCCAAACUGUAUCGGUAUGAUAAAGAAGCAAGUCAAUGGAAAGAGAGAGGAAUUGGAGAUGUCAAAAUCUUACAAAAUUAUAACACAAAACGGGUGAGGUUGAUUAUGAGGCGAGACCAGGUUCUUAAGAUUUGUGCUAACCAAUGGAUCACGGCAACUAUGAAGCUAGAACCAAUGAAGGGUGCAGAGAAGGCCUGGGUGUGGAGUGCAUUGGACUUUGCUGAAGGAGAGGGCAAAGUUGAACAGUUGGCCUUGAGAUUCAAAUUGCAGGAAACGGCAAACACAUUUAAGCAGGUUUUCGAUGCGGCCAAGAUUGCUCAGGAGAAAGUGGAACUUAUGACCCCUGUAGCAUCCAUCACAUCUCAGGACAGUGGAGACUCUUUAAAAACUCCCACUGCAGUGUGUGGGAAGGCCGCAAUUGCUAUUUUGGAACAGACCACAAAGGAUCGAAGUGAGCUCUCCUGUGACGACAAACCGUCUGGUUCUCAAAGUCCAGCCAACCCCACCAAGUCGGUGAUGUUGCCCCCCAAGUUUGUGUUUGGUUCUGAUAGUCUUCAGAAGAUCUUUGGAAGUCCAAAGUCUCCCUCUGAGAGUGGUGACUGCGACUCCAGUCUGAAAGUGAAAGAUUCUGGACAUCCUCCUAAGGGGUCGUCACCAUCGCCUGCAUUCAAAAUUCCACAAAAAGGACCCCAGCAAGCAGGAGUCAAUGCCGGGUCAGACGAGGACUCUGAACUGGAGGUUGUGUAUGUCAGGGAGCCAACUGCUGAGCAGGCUGCUUUAGCCCGGAAAUUACUGCUGCCGCUCACCUUUUUCUGCUACCAGAAUGAACCAGGCUACACUAGUGACGAUCAACCUGAUGAUGAGGACUAUGAGUCAGCAGUGAAAGCCUUGAAUGGGAAGCUCUACACUGAGCCUCCUGAAAGAAAAGUGACCACUUCUGAGCCAGACUGCCAGGUCAUCUGGGAGAAAAAGCCAACACCAGAGGAGGAGGAGAAGGCCAAGAGCCUCCAGCUUCCACCCACGUUCUUCUGUGGCCUGAGCACCACUGACAGCGACCUGGACCCUGACAAGACUGAGGACUUUGAGACAGAAGUGCGGAAAGCCCAACGAGAACUGGAUUCCCAGUCAAGCAAAACCAAAAACCUCUCCAGCAGUCCUGCUGAAGAGCCGACGUUGACUGCGUCGCCGGACACCGCAGAGGUUAUUGACAGCACGUCCAGCAGGCAGGAUGAAACCUCAGAGCAGCCACCAGACGUGCAAACAGAAGCUCCCAACAGCAGCUCUCCCAUUGACCUAUCAACUAAACCAUGCGCCGAGCCCAAGACCGUCACUGUUACCACUCCUGCUGCAGCAGUCACAAGUACAGAUCCACCCAGCUUUGGUUUCACCUCAUCAGGGGCCUUCUCAUUUGCCGACCUGGCCAAAAACACAGAUGGUUUCGCAUUUGGAGCACAAGAUUCCAACUUCUCCUGGGCGAACGCCGGUGCGACAGUAUUUGGCUCGUCUAUGGCUCCAGCAUCACAAAGCAAGAACAAUGAAGGCGGAAGCGAUGAAGAGGACGCGCCUAAAAAUGUUGACAUCCACUUUGAACCCAUCGUAUCACUGCCAGAGGUGCAGACCAAGUCUGGGGAGGAGGAUGAAGAAAUCCUGUUCAAGGAGCGCGCCAAGCUCUAUCGAUGGGACCGGGACCUGGGCCAGUGGAAGGAGCGCGGCGUCGGCGACCUGAAGAUCCUCUUCCACCCAACUAAGCAUUUCUACCGAAUCCUGAUGAGAAGAGAGCAGGUGUUCCGAGUUUGUGCCAACCACAACAUCUGCCCCAGCAUGGAGCUGAAACCCAUGAACACCUCGGCUAAUGCGCUCAUCUGGACCGCCACAGACUACUCGGACGGAGAAGGUUCCAUCGAGCAGCUGGCGGCCAAGUUCAAAACCCCGGAGAUCACGGAGUCCUUCAGGAAGACCUUCUGCGAGUGUCAGAGCCACAUCAGCCAAUCAAGCGACGACGCCUCCUGUAGCACCUCGACCAUGAUGUCAAGAAUUCAGGAGCACUCCAGAGACUCAAACCCACAGGUGUUCUUCACCGUGGAGGCCGACAGCCAACCCCUCGGCACCAUCACUAUGGAGCUCUUCUCUCAAAUAGUUCCUAAGACGGCUGAGAACUUCAGGGCUCUCUGCACUGGCGAAAAAGGCUUCGGCCUCCGAGGCUCCAUCUUCCAUCGAGUCAUACCCGACUUCAUGUGUCAGGGCGGCGACAUCACCAACAGCGACGGCACAGGCGGAAAGUCCAUCUAUGGCACCAAGUUCGAAGACGAGAACUUCGACAUCCGGCACACGGGUCCGGGAAUUUUAUCCAUGGCCAACCGUGGCCGCGACACCAACAACUCCCAGUUCUUCAUCACACUGAAAAAGGCUGAACACUUGGACUUCAAGCACGUGGCUUUUGGCUGGGUGCGGCAGGGCAUGGAUGUCGUCCAACGCAUGGGGGAGCUGGGCACCAAGGGAGGUGUCCCCUCUAAGAAGCUUGUCAUCACGGACUGUGGACAGUUGUAGGCUUCUCAUGAAGACUGGAAGCUUCAUUUGGUUUCUGUGCAGUAAUUUGUGGUCAUUGGGUAUCAAACGAUAACAAAACAGCCGACUGACCAUGAAUGAUUUUGCUGUCAAAUUUGGAACAUGGGAACAGGCACUUUGUUAGCUAUCUGACAGUAAAAUCUCUUAUUUUGUUUAUAUAAUUGUACAGGAACUUUUUAAAGUGUUUCUUUUUGUCCUGCAUGUUAUGGUAGUCUAUACACAAUUUUGACCAAUUUUUAAUUCGGACAAAAAAGGUAUUUGAAAGUACAUUUGCUUGACAACUGUGCUACUGCCCUUUUUCCAUGUAGUUCCUCUAGAUGUCGCUAGACAGUAUGAUUAUGUGCCCUGCAUAUGUUGUGUUGCCCACAUAGCUCACUGUGGUGAUGGAGGUUGGUGAUGUACACGAUCCAUUGAACAAUAAAGAUGCUUUACAUGUAA